UCCAGAUAUAUAAAAGUUGGAAGGACACAUACGAGCACAAUUAUCCUGAGGCUACCACAAUCAUAUCUACCAUGAAGACACUGGUGUUAGUACUGUUGUUUGCCUUCGUAACGGCAGAACAGAAACGUGAAGCUGAACCUGGCUUUGGCAUCGGCUACCCUUUUAUUCGUCCUUAUGGUAUUGGCUAUGGCUACAGCUCAGCCAUUACACACCAUCCAUUCGGCAGCCAUUCCUCCGUCCAGUCCUACAAUCACUUGGUCAAGAAACGUGAAGCUGAACCUGGCUUUGGCAUCGGCUACCCUUUUAUUCGUCCUUAUGGUAUUGGCUAUGGCUACAGCUCAGCCAUUACACACCAUCCAUUCGGCAGCCAUUCCUCCGUCCAGUCCUACAACCACCUCAUCAAGAAACGUGAAGCUGAAGCUGAUCCUAGCUUCCCUGGCUUACUAGGUUACGCUUCUCUUCAGUAUCCAGGGUACGGUCUUGGGUACAAGUAUAGCCAUGCUUCCCUUCCUCUCCAUUAUGGUAUUUACUGAAGCUGCAUUCCCAACCUACGGAACUGACACCUCAUUCGAACCCUUAUUACAGUUCU